AAUUGAGUAAUACGCAUGGCCACUGAAAUAUCCUGUUACAAGAGGGCCUACACUCAUUUCGAAUAAAACAUUCCCGUAUGUCUGUUUGUGUGGCUAUAAAUCAACGUUCAUGGAGGAAUAGCCCUCACAAAUGCAUUUCUAUAUAAAAGUAUGCGCACGGCGGCUCCGCGUGUCACUUGUGCGCCUCAUCAUCGCCGCGUCCAGGGUUGAACGUGUGUAAUAGGAAGCACUGCCUCCCUCCUUCAUGCGUAAAUUAUGUAGGGCAGGACGGGAACGCUGUGCUACCUCCAUUUGAGAAAACCCGGCCGGUGAAUGUGAGAGGAAAAAAAGGGGAAAACUCAAAAAGCCGUCUUCAACCACCGUUUGACAGAAGCGGAGCAGCGCAUCACGACUUGACUACAGUGAAGCCAAGUAGAAGAAAAGAUGGACAUCACGGAUCAAGGAGCUCAGAUGGAGCCGCUCUUACCAACGGAACCAAGUUCCCAAGAAAAUAAAGAUGUGAGAACUGAUGAGGAGGCAGUGGUGGACCGUGGGGGCACACGCUCCAUGCUCAACACCAACUUUGAGAAGGAAGAACUGGAAGGUCACCGCACGCUCUACAUUGGGGUUCACGUUCCUCUGGGCAGGAGGUCGCACCGACGUCACCGUCACCACGGACACAGACACAGGAAGAGGUCCAAGGAGAGGGACUCCACAACUGAUGAUGGAAGAGAAUCCCCCUCACACACAGACACACCAGCUCAGAGGGUGCAGUUUCUGUUGGGGACAGAGGAUGGCGACGAGGAACACAUCCCCCACGCCCUGUUCACCGAGCUGGACGAAAUCUGCCUCAGGGAGGGUGAGGACGCCGAAUGGAAAGAGACAGCCAGGUGGCUUAAGUUUGAGGAGGAUGUUGAGGAUGGUGGUGAGCGGUGGAGUAAACCCUACGUAGCCACUCUGUCUCUACACAGUCUUUUUGAGCUUCGCAGCUGCAUCAUGAACGGCACUGUGAUGCUGGACAUGAGGGCCAACUCUCUGGAGGAGAUUGCAGACAUGGUUCUGGAUCAGCACGAGUUGUCGGGCCCUGUAGGUCAGGAUGCCAGGAUGAGGAUCCGCGAGGCCCUGCUCAAACAGCACCACCACCAAAAUCACAAGAAACUGGCCAACCGCAUACCUAUAGUACGCUCCUUUGCUGAUAUUGGCAAAAAGCAGUCUGAGCCUCAUUCUAUGGAUAAGAAUGUAAUUGGCCUCUAUUAUCAAACCAUAAAAUCUCACAAGUGUUUGGCUGAACUCCCCAAGUAUACUCCACCCAGCAAAGCCUUUUCCUGUGUGGCAUGGCCACGGUGUGUGUGUUGCGCAUCACGUCUGUCCACCCCUCCAUCACCUUUGAGCUCCUCCAGGAGCCGUGGCUACAUGAACCCAGACACGCCCUUUGGCAAUGCCACCACCAAACACCUUAGUGUUCUUCAAGCAGUUGCACAAGGCUACUGUCCCGUCGCACAUGAAGAAACAGAGCAGGAAAUCUGCACAGGCCAAACGGUCUCACCUCAGUCCCAGCCAGCUAACAAUGAAGGCAAACAGGACGUCAGUCGAGAGAACAGUGCUGUCGAUUUCAGCAAGAUUGACCUGCACUUCAUGAAGAAGAUCCCUCCUGGUGCUGAGGCAUCUAACGUUCUGGUAGGGGAGUUGGAAUUCCUAGACCGCCCUGUGGUGGCCUUCGUUCGCCUGGCUCCUGCUGUGCUGCUCAAUGGUCUGGCUGAGGUUCCCAUCACCACCAGGUUUCUUUUCAUCCUGCUCGGCCCUCUGGGAAAAGGUCCACAGUACCAUGAAAUUGGUCGGUCUAUUGCUACCCUGAUGACUGAUGAGAUUUUCCAUGAUGUGGCUUACAAGGCCAAAGACAGGAACGACCUGGUGGCAGGCAUUGAUGAGUUUCUGGACCAGGUGACAGUCUUACCUCCUGGAGAGUGGGACCCUUCCAUCAGAAUAGAGCCUCCCAAAAACGUGCCCUCUCAGGAAAAGCGUAAGAUUCCCCCUGUUCCCAACGGAGUGACAGAUCUUGGAGAGUCGGAGGAACAUGGAGGGCACGGUGGCCCUGAGCUCCAGCGCACUGGGAAGUUUUUUGGCGGGUUCUUUAUGGACAUCAAGCGAAAGGCUCCUCACUACCUUUCUGACUACACAGAUGCCGUCAGUCUGCAGUGUCUGGCCUCCUUCCUCUUUCUCUACUGCGCCUGCAUGUCACCUGUCAUCACCUUUGGAGGACUCCUGGGUGAGGCUACAGAGGGACGUGUGAGUGCUAUUGAGUCACUGUUUGGAGCUUCCAUGACUGGAAUAGCCUACUCUAUUUUUGCCGGUCAGCCCCUCACCAUCUUGGGCAGCACUGGGCCUGUUCUUGUCUUUGAGAAAAUCCUUUUCAAGUUCUGCAAGGAUUAUGGCCUAUCCUACCUCUCCCUGAGGGCCUGUAUUGGCCUGUGGACCGCCUUCUUCUGUCUACUGCUGGUGGCCACGGAUGCCAGCUCACUUGUCUGUUACAUCACACGCUUCACUGAGGAAGCGUUCGCCUCGUUGAUCUGCAUCAUCUUCAUUUAUGAGGCUCUGGAGAAGCUGAUCCACCUGGGGACGCACUACCCUAUCAAUAAAAACAACAACCUUCAGAAACUAACACAGUACUCGUGUGCGUGUGUGGAGCCCAGCGACCCCAGCAAUCAGACUCUGCAGUACUGGGAGGAGAGAAACAUCACGUCCUCCCAGGUCAACUGGACCAUGCUGGAAGUCGAUGAGUGCGAGACGUUUCACGGGGAGUUUGUUGGCAGCGCCUGUGGUCCCCACGGCCCCUACAUCCCUGACGUCCUCUUCUGGUGUGUGGUCCUCUUCUUCUCCACCGUCUUCUUGUCCGCCUUCCUGAAGGAGUUCAAGACAAGCCGCUACUUCCCCACCAAGGUGCGGGCCAUAAUCAGUGACUUUGCUGUCUUCAUCACCAUCCUUAUUAUGGUUCUUGUCGAUUAUGCUUUGGGGAUCCCCUCACCUAAAUUACAGGUCCCCAACAAGUUUAAACCAACCAGGGAUGAUCGUGGCUGGCUUAUAAACCCUGUGGGGCCCAACCCCUGGUGGACCACCAUCAUCACCUUCAUCCCUGCUCUGCUCUGUACCAUCCUCAUCUUCAUGGACCAGCAGAUCACAGCCGUCAUUAUCAACAGGAAGGAGCACAAACUAAAGAAAGGCUGUGGAUACCACCUGGACCUGUUUGUGGUGGGGGUGAUGUUGGGCGUGUGCUCGGUGAUGGGCCUGCCGUGGUUCGUGGCAGCCACUGUGCUCUCCAUCUCCCACGUCAACAGCCUGAAGCUGGAGUCGGAGUGCUCGGCCCCCGGAGAGCAGCCCAAGUUCUUGGGCAUCCGAGAGCAGCGCUUCACCGGCCUCAUGAUCUUCACCCUGAUGGGCUGCUCCGUCUUCAUGACUUCUGUGCUAAAGUUUAUUCCCAUGCCUGUGCUUUAUGGAGUCUUUCUGUACAUGGGGGCUUCUUCACUCAGAGGCAUUCAGUUCUUUGACCGUCUGAGGCUGUACGGCAUGCCGGCCAAACAUCAGCCAGACUUCAUCUACCUUCGUCAUGUCCCGUUGAGGAAGGUGCACCUCUUUACCAUCAUCCAGCUCACCUGCUUGGUCCUGCUCUGGGUCAUCAAGACCUCCAAGGCUGCCAUUGUAUUCCCCAUGAUGGUCCUGGCCCUGGUGUUCAUUCGUAAGCUGCUGGACUUUGUCUUCACCAAGAGAGAACUGAGUUGGCUGGAUGACCUGAUGCCAGAGUGGAAAAAGAAGAAAUUGGAGGAUGCAGCGGAAGAGGAGGAGCACAGUAUUAUUGCAGAGGAAGAAGGCAUUGUACAAGUGCAAAUGGAGGGACCCUACAAGAGUGACCCAGCCACAGUGAACAUCACUGAUGAGAUGUCUAAAGGAUCUUUCGGAGGUGUGUGGAAGAGUGUCAGCCCUGGUGAGAAGGAACCAAGCGCUAAAAGCUCCCCUUCCUAACCUCUCAGAAGCUGAUAUAUCCCAACGCUGUGGCGGUGAAAAGCGACACAAGCGCCGGAAGCAUGAGAAGAGCUUGGACAGGGAGACAAGUUUGUGAUGACAUGUACUGGCAGUGCCACUGAGCUGUCUUAUCAAUAGAUCAAAAAACAAAAAAACUGUACCGUGCCACACACAACCACCUUUGUUCUGUGCUACACUGUGUUUUUGUCAUGUAAGUCUGUGUGCAAGUUGUGUAAAACAAAGAAUUUGUUAGAAAUAGUAUAAACACAGACUCAUGUGUGUUCUUUUUCUAUGUAUAUCAAUGUUUGGUGAUACAAGCGCACGGAAAGAAGUCAGAAAUAUAUGACACUGACAAUAACUGCUGUGUCCAUGGGCCAACAAAUUUUGAACAAUUUUUAAAUUUACUUUAUUUGUAUUUUGUAUUUUUUUAUAUUUUUCCAACCGUUGUGAGUUGUCCUUUUAAAAACCUGCCACAGCAAACUGCCUAUGUGUGGGUUUUGUGUGCAGUAUUUAAUGCCGCUAUUGACUUGAUGCACCUAAAAAUUAAAUCUUUGCCAAUAUUAGUCUAUUUCAUGGCACUUAACAGAGUUGGCUAUACAGCAAAUCUAUUCAUUUUUUGAAAGUAUUAUAUAUACAUUUUAUAUAUUCUGUAUAUCUAAAUGUUUUUGUGACAGUGACAGCUCAUAUCACGCCAGAGUCUUCUCCAUCGCUAUUUUACAAAUAAAUGUCUCUCCUCCAGUAAAGCAUGUCCCCAAACGAGUUAAAGGAAUAGUUUGGCAUUCAGGGAAAUACCCUUAUUUGUUUUCUGUUAGAGGAGAAGAUCAAACAAAAACACAAAUGUAAAAACCUCAUGUUUAGUUGCGAUUUCUUGGAGCUAGCAAUAGCGUUAUAUUUAGCAUACAGAAUGAGAGAAGAAAUUGGUCUUUUCAUCUAACGCUUGGCAAGAAAGAGAAUAAGGAUAUUAACCAAAAAUGGUUAAUGGUUAACCAAAAAACUAUUUCCUUGAGGAAAGUUCACUUUGGGGGCAGUUUAUUGGAAAACAUUUUCAAGCCAGCAUUCCUGCAUAUUUCGUAACUUUCAGUACAUGUACUUUAGCUACUUGGCCUUGGCUUUUUAAAAUCUCAACACAUUAGCAAAUGCAGACGUAGGGUGAUUGUUCAGAAAAAUCUGUUUUCCACCUGCAUACUCUUUCCCAUCUUGUCAGUAAGUGUCAUCCAUGGACAUGUGAUCUCCUAUCCAAAUGACCCUCGAUGUGUUAGCAUCUGAAGCUAAUUGUUUAAAAAAAAAAAACACCAAAACACCU